AUGGACAAACCGCCGGAGCAAAUACAGCAGCAAAUCGCUGCCGCGGCUGCCGCCGCCGUGCUGGAAGAGAGAGAUCGAGCCAAAGCCGCAAUCCGCAGACGCCGCCGGUUGAGAUGCUGCAGCUGCGUGGGUGCUUCCUUCCUCGUCGGAGCCAUAUUCUCCUUAACCCUAGCCUUCACCGUGUUCAAGGUGAGAGGGCCGGUUAUCAUCAUCAACCGCUGCACCUCCAAAUUGGACCUCAUCAACGGCACGAGCCGGCCGCGGCCGGGCUCCAACGCCACCAUACGCUGCGACGUCUCGAUGAAGAACCGAAACUUCGCGUCGUUCCGCCACGGGAGCUCGACGUCGCUCGUCUACUACCGCGGCUCGCUGAUCGCGGAGUCGCACGCGCCGCCGGGGAACAUGCGGGCGCGUCGGACCGCGAGGAUGAACGUGACGGCCUACGUCAUGUUGGGCCGGGUCGCGGCGCUGCCGGGAUUCGGGUCGGACGUGAAUUCGGGUUCGGUUAGGGUCAGCUGGUAUUCGCGGAUGGGCGGGCGGGUCAAGUUUUUAAUCCUCAAAAAGCACGUGACGGUUAAGAUGAAGUGCACGGGCUCCGUGGAUUUCAAGAAGUUCGCAUUGACGGACUAUCACUGUAAGCAAAAAUUCAAGCUAUGA